AUGCACAGCAUCCUUUACCACGGGCUCAUCCACGACAAGGUGUGCUGCAGACAGAAGGAUUACUGGCAGUUUGUGAAGGACAUUCGCUGGCUGAGUCCUGGCUCUGCUCAUCACCUGGAGAAGUUCAUCAGCCUUCAGGAGAGCGGCCAGCCCGACCCAGAGGGUCCGGGGGACCAGGCCAUCGCGCAGCUGUGGCUGCAGCACAGCCUGCAGUGCCACUGCCUGUCGGCACAGCUGAGACCACUCCUGGGCAACCGGCAGUACAUCAGGAAAUUCUACGCAGACACUGCCUUCCUGCUCAGUGACGCCCACGUCACGGCCAUGCUGCAGUGCCUGGAGGCUGUUGAGCAGAACAACCCCAGGCUUCUGGCUCAGAUCGACACCUCCAUGCUGGCCGGCACGUCACUGCCAUCCCUGUGCACAUCAGGUCCUUCUGCUGGGACAAGAGAGAUGUGUGACUGUGACGCUAAAGGACAGGAGAGCCGUCUGCCUGGGGCGCUGGGCUGCCUGGAUCGUUUCACCGAGAGCCUGCUUACCGGGAAGAGUGACGGUCCACCUCCGGUGACCAAGAGUCAAAGCCUGACUGCCCUCCCCGCAUCCCCGUACAUCCCCGCUUCAGGCUACAUGCAGCAGCGCUGCUUUGGGUCCUUCUCCAGCCUCCACCAUCCAGCCUCCUCCGACCUCUCAGACAGGAGACCAGCGAGCUCCUCUGUCAGCUCCAGCUCUAGCCAGCACCAGGAGCACUGCCCGUCCACCCGGUCCUCGUCCUUCAGUGACAUCAGGUCCCCUCUUGAGCAGCCCGGCUCUGCCACCUGCUUGCACAUCCCCUCAUCUAAAGACCCCUUCUCUCCGGCCAGCGAGAUGAGCUCCAGCACCACCAGCCAGAGCGAGGACACUUGGAUGGGGAGACAGGAUGAUCCACAGAGUGAUGCUAAUGACGGGCCAGAGUACCUGGCUAUUGGGAACUUGGGGCACCGGGGCCAGGCAUGCAGCAGUGCCAGCACCAACAGCACCAAGAGCAGCAGCUCCAAACUCUUCUCCUCCAGCAGCUCCCAGAAGUUGGACUCAGUCUCAUCCCUGGGGGAGCAGGGGGCAAGCGGAGGUGGAAACAGGGGCCUGAGCCUGUUGCGCCGGUCCAGCUUCUCAGAGGGACAGUCAUCAGUUCCCCAGGGCAUCCGCAAGAAGAGCCACAUGCGCUCGCACUCCGACACCAAUGUGGCUUCGGGAAAGUUGCAUGGAGGCCUCAGGGAUAUCACCAUUAUAAUAGAAGAUCCAGUGGCAGAGUCCCAUGGUGAUCCAGGUGGAGGGAGAGGGCCGGUCUCCGUUUCCACCCAGAGCAGUGAACUGAGCACACCCAGCUCCCUCUACAUGGAGUACGACUCUGGCCAGUACCUGAGCUCGGGGGAAGGGAUACUCAGAAGACCCUCGGAAGGACAGUCCCUCAUCAGCUACCUCUCAGAGCAGGACUUUGGUAGCUGUGCAGACCUGGAGAAGGAGAAUGCCCACUUCAGCAUCUCAGAGUCCCUCAUUGCUGCCAUUGAGCUGAUGAAAUGCAACAUGAUGAGCCGGCAGCUGGAGGAGGAGGAGGAAGACAGUGACAAGGAGAUCCAGGAGCUUAAACAAAAGAUUCGCAUUCGACGCCAGCAGAUCCGCACCAGGCACCUGUUCCCUACCUGCCAGGAGAUGGGCUCAGACAGUCUUGUGGCAACAGACAGUGGUUCCCAGUUCAGCUCCCAUGGCUCUAUGCGGCUCUCUGACUCCGGCUCCGCAGAGGAUGUGGAAGAGUACGAGAUCCAAGAUGCAGACAUCAAGAGGAACCCAGACUCCAGCAGGAAGUCCUUUCUCUCCUCAGAGUCCAUAUCCCACUCCUUCCUCAAUUCCAACUCGGCGGAGGCUGUGGCCAUGGGCUUGCUGAAGCAGCAGGGAUCUGACCCUCUUGCCUGCUUCUCCCAGCUCCUGCCCAUCCCCGACUCUCUGCCCAUCUCUCCCGAUGACGGAGAACACGCUGACAUCUACAAGCUGAGGAUUCGGGUGCGCGGAAACCUGGAGUGGGCCCCACCGCGACCGCAGAUUAUCUUCAAUGUUCACCCAGCCCCAACGAGGAAGGUGGCCGUGGCCAAGCAGAAUUACCGGUGUGCAGGCUGUGGCAUCCGGACUGAUCCUGAUUACAUCAAGCGGCUGCGGUACUGUGAGUACCUGGGGAAGUAUUUCUGCCAGUGCUGCCAUGAGAACGCCCAGACAGUCAUCCCCAGCCGCAUCCUGCGCAAGUGGGACUUCAGCAAGUACUAUGUGAGCAACUUCUCCAAAGAUCUGCUCAGCAAGAUCUGGAGCGACCCACUCUUCAACGUGCAGGAUAUCAAUCCUGCCCUGUACCGGAAAGUGAAGUCUCUCAACCAAGUGUGGCUGCUGCGAAUCCAGCUUUUCCACAUGAAGAACAUGUUUAAGACCUGCCGGCUAGCUAAAGAUCUCCUAGACUCCUUCGAUGCAGUGCCCGGCCACUUGACAGAGGAUUUGCACCUCUACUCGCUGAGCGACCUCAGCGCCACGAAGAAGGGGGACCUAGUGCCUCGCCUGAUGGAGCUCCUGAAGGCAGGCAGCCUGCACGUUGAGAAGUGCAUGCUGUGCCAAGCCAAAGGCUUCAUCUGUGAGUUCUGCCAGAAUGAGAGCGAUAUCAUCUUUCCCUUUGAGCUCAACAAGUGCAGGACCUGUGAAGAGUGCAAAGCCUGCUACCACAAAUCCUGCUUCAAGUCCACCCGUUGCCCCCGCUGCGAGCGGCUCCAAGCCCGGAGAGAGCUUCUGGCCAAGCAGAGCAUGGAGUCCUAUGUCUCGGACUAUGAAGAUGAGCUGGAGCGGACAGAGGCGGUGGCAGCCACAUGA